UUCUCUCCAGCAUACAUCCUGCCUUGCCUUCCUCCCCCUCCAGAGUUGCUGUGCGGAGAGAGACAUUCUGAAGACCUUUGUGCAGGGAAGUAACUAUGGGGUCUCUGCCGGUUAGUCUGCUGGUUUUUCUCUGGCUGGUAAUUCCUCUAUGUGGCACUGAAAAACCUGAGAGACCCAAACAAAGGAAUCUUCGACAGAGGGACGCAGAGUUUGUUGAAAAGUACUCCAGUCCCAGCUGUGUGCAGGGACCACCAGGUUCCCAGGGACGAGAUGGGAAUCCGGGGGUGAACGGUAUCCCAGGGACACCUGGUAUUCCAGGACGGGAUGGGGUCAAGGGGGAGAAGGGAGAGUGCAUCAGUGAGAGAUAUGAGGAGCCCUGGAGACCCAACUUAAAACAGUGUGCAUGGAACUCUCUCAACUAUGGCAUUGACCUAGGGAAGAUUGCUGACUGCACGUUCACCAAGUUGCGUUCCGACAGCGCCCUGCGUGUUCUAUUCACUGGCUCCCUCAGAUUAAAGUGUAAGACUGCGUGCUGCCAGAGAUGGUACUUCACCUUUAAUGGAGCAGAAUGCACUGGACCUUUACCCAUUGAAUCUAUCAUCUACUUAGACCAGGGCAGCCCAGAGCUCAACUCAACCAUCAACAUACACAGAACAUCUUCAGUGGAAGGUCUGUGUGAAGGCGUCCGUGCUGGACUGGUGGAUGUUGGGAUCUGGGUGGGGACAUGUGCGGACUACCCUCGUGGUGACGCGUCCACUGGCUGGAACUCUGUCUCCAGGGUCAUCAUUGAGGAGCUGCCUAAAUGAGGACCAGGGCCUUAAGGCCCAAUUCCCUAUCCUCUCUACAAGCAGCCCUUCAGUCCCAUCACAGCAGUUACAGAAUCUACUCUCUGUAAUUCGCCAGGCCAUAAUGAAAUAAUGUGCUAGCUGAAUGUUAGCUGAAUGUUGGACCUCAGCAUGAGUUGCUGGUGCUUUUGGGGAUCCUAAUCAAAUCUGACAACCAGAAUGUCCAAUAUUUAUAAUAUGCAUGCUGUCACCAAAAAAAACAUAGUUGUUAUAAAUAUAUUUCAAUUAAAUAUAAUUCAGUGUGUUAUCUAUACAGUAAAACAGUAUAGAACUACUUGACUAGAUUAUUUACUGCCUGACUGGAUGAUUUACUGUCUGACUGGAUGAUUUACUGCCUAGGAUGUUGGUAGUCACAUGACCAGGAAAUGUGUUUGGGUUUUACCUCAACAGAAAAGCAUGAUGUUAAGCAUAACUAUUACGAUAAACAGGAGAACUUUGACUUGUUUAACUUUUCAAUUGUCAAAGGUACAUUUUUAUUAAAUGUAAUAAAUUAAAGUUUUCAGAUUAUAAUUCUGACUUCUUUCAAACAUGAUGCAACUCCUCUCUAGCCAAAUCUAUGUUAGGCGCAAGCUUGCCUUUAGUCCUGAUUUUAUCCACAUUGUAAUAUACUGGCAUGUUUGGCUACUUCCAGAAGUGCUGAAGAAAAUCUCAUUACAAUCAAAACACAAUGCAAAUUAAUAAUUUAGAAAAUCUGGGGACAAUCAGAAUGUGGACCAGAUCAGGACAAAGUAUGCAUGUGAGAACCAGAUAUAAAUAGAUGGCUGGUCAUUCCGCGCUGUUAUUUACUCACAUUUAGCUCAAACAGUGUUUAUAAAUUUAUUUCCUGAUUGUAAUUGUUUCAA